AUGAACUCCAAGUAUGAGAAGCUUCCGUUCCUCCCGGAGACGCAUCUAGACCCAGUCUGCCAAGGCAUCACCCUGCUGCAACCUCUGUCUCGAAGAGGAGAAGGUCCUGGACUCAUUGUCUUGGUGCCCAACACAGGAGUCACUGGUCCUUCCACAUUGGCUAUAGAGGAAGGAAUACCAUGCCCGUUGAUGAAAUGGGGCGAAGAGGGCUACACGACCGUCGAGGUCACUGAAUCUGCCUUUGAAACCAAGUCUGAUCCCAUAAAGGAGGCCAUUGUGUCCUUUGCUAAGCACGAGUGCGCCAAUCCCAAGAACGUUGUAGGGUUAAUUGCAUACACGCCAGAACUUUGGAAUCGCGUUGCACCGCUUCUCAAGGAUUAUCCUCAAAUUGUUGGAGCCACUAUAUUUGGGGAACUCUCCGACUCGGCACAACUGGAGGAAGCAGCUGGAAGAAGCGGUAUUCCAUGCGCCCUUCACCUAGCUGGCAAGACAACGGGACUUCUCACUCGCAACAAGGAGCUCACUAUCUACGAUUACCCGACUGCGAAUAGUCAUCUUUUUGCCACUCCAUUUCAUCAAGAUUUCCAUUAUACCUCCGAGGCCGUCUCUCACACACGAACACUCGCCUUCUUGAAGCCGCUCAUGGGAGGGCCAUACUUUGACCUGGAGGCCAUCUGGGAUGAGCAUACGUAUUAUGAGUUUGAGAACCGCUCGGUAGAGCGUACCAUGAAUACUAUGGUUCAGGAACCAUAUGUAAAUCACAUUACCACGUUAACUGGUGGGGUUGGACGAAAGGACUUAUCAAUCUUUUAUCGAGAUCAUUUUAUCUUCCAGAAUCCCGACGACACCGAGCAGGAAGUCAUUAGUCGAUCCAUCGGCAUUGAUCGCGUGAUUGAUGAGUUCAUCUUCAAGUGCACACAUAAAUCCCAAUUGGAUUGGAUGCUUCCCGGGAUUCCCCCUACCGGCCGCAAGAUAGAAGUUCCGCUCACAGCCGUGGUCAACAUUCGCGGUGACCGUCUCUACCAUGAGCAUAUUGCGUGGGACCAAGCAACUGUCUUGAUCCAGCUAGGUUUACUGCCUGAGUACUUGCCGUUCUCUUACCAACUUCCCAAUGGACCGACUCCCAGCCCUGGAAGAACUAUAGCAUGCCGCCUCCCAGCAGGUGGUACCAUGGUCGCGGCAAAGCUGAGGGAUAGGUACGCGCACAAGUCUAAUACUAUGAUAGAGUACAAGGUCAAGGAAGUGUAA